AUGGACUGGUCCGCCGUCACAAAUUUCAACGCCGUCAUUAGCGUGCUUGGCGGUUGGCUCGUCCUCUUCGGCACCUUCUCUUUCCUGAUCAAGGAGACACUUUACCUGUCUGAAGCCCUUGUCUAUCUUCUGGGAGGCGUAGCUUUCACCCACGUUGCUGGAUUCCUGAAACCCAGCGAAUACGCCGACUCAGACGAUGCCGUGGCCUCCAUCACCCUCAACUUCAGCCGUCUCGUCCUUGGCGUCCAGCUCGUCAUUGCCGGCGUGCAGCUUCCCAGCCGCUACCUCCGUAAGGAAUGGAAGUCUCUCUCUUUGCUCCUCGGGCCCGUUAUGAUCGGCAUGUGGGCAUGCACGAGCGCCGUGGUCUGGUUUAUUGUCCCGGACCUGCCUCUUGUGCACGCUCUUGCCAUCGCCGCCUGCGUCACCCCGACGGACCCGGUUCUCUCAGCCACAAUCUUGAAGGGCCGUUUCGCCGACCAAAACGUCCCCGAAGAUCUUCAGCAGAUCAUCGUCGCCGAAUCGGGUGCCAACGAUGGACUAGGCUACCCUUUUCUUUACCUCGCGCUGUACCUCAUCAAGUAUACUGAGAGCGACGGCAAUCCCGCCUCGAGUGAAGGGGGAUUCGCCGCGGCCAUUCGACUUUUCUUCGGCCAGACUUGCAUCUACGUCGUGCUGAUGAGUGUCUUUUACGGCUGGGUGGUCGGCUGGCUCGGGCAGAAGCUGCUCCAUUGGGCCGAGCGGCGCAAAUUUGUGGAUAGGGAGAGCUUUCGACUUUUCCCAAUCGGCCUGGCCAUCUUUAUCCUCGGUACUUGUGGAAUGGUGGGCACCGACGAUGUGCUGGCAUGCUUCAUCGCUGGAAACGCGUUCAACUGGAACGACUGGUUCCGCCUCAAGACUCUGGACGACCCGAUUCAGAACGCCAUCGACAUGCUGCUCAACAUGGCCAUCUUCAUGUGGCUGGGCGCUGUGUGCCCCUGGGAGAGAUUCUGGACGUCAGAGCUGAUCCAGCCUUGGCGGCUUUGUGCUCUUGGCCUCCUCGUCCUUCUUCUUCGACGACUUCCGAUUAUCCUUGUUUUGCAUCGCUACAUCCGCCAGAUCCGCGGUCCGUCGCAGGCUUUGUUUGUCGGAUACUUUGGCCCGAUCGGCAUCUCUGCCAUUUUUUACCUUUAUAUUGGACUCGAGUUCCUUGAGACACUUACAGAUAACGAUGGACAACGCGCAGAUGCGAAGACGCUAGGUGAUACCAUGCUUGUCGCCGUUUGGUUCUUGAUUAUUUGCAGUAUCGUGAUUCAUGGUGUCAGCGUGCCCAUCGCCAAACUGGGACUCAUGUUUCGCAACCGUUUCUUCCCCAGCCGCGUCGCGCUACCCACUUGA